AUGGGCGAGAAGAAAACAUUGGGGUCUUACAAUAACCGGUAUUGGGAAACUUUUAAUCAGAUUGGAGAUUGCCCCACAAACCUAGCUAUCGCACGAUACAAACAAGGUUUGCCAGCUGGCAAUAAGUUGAGGGAUUCAAUGACAAUGACGCCACCCCUUACUAUGGAAACCCUGAUGGAAGAAGAAGUGUAUCAACACAUUCGGGUAGAGGAAGAUGGGACGCGCACCAAGGAAGAGUCCGGUACAACAGCGAUACCAGACAAAAAGCCUUUGGCAAGAGUUAACACGGUUGACAAAUUAUUUCGUGCUCGUACAACCGCCAUCCCCAAAUUCUUCAUUCAGUCGCUGGAAACUCUCUCCACUCUCAAAUCUUCAUCUUUUAACACCGGCGGCAUCCCCGUAAUCGAUCUCUUCGACAUAAAUUCCCCCAAACUCCGACCAAACAUCGUCAACCAAAUUCGAGAAGCCGCGAAAACUUGGGGUUUCUUCCAAGUGAUCAACCACGGCGUACCCAACUAUGUUAUCAACAAAACACUCAUGUCAAUCCGAUCAUUCCACGAACAACCCCAGGAGAUUAAGGCAGAGCACUACGUUCGGGAUAAGUUCAAAGGAUUCGUGUAUGCCAGCAACAACGAUCUUUUUCGGUUGAAGGUGGCGAGCUGGCACGACUACGUGCAUGCUUGGAUGUCGCCGGAGGCUAUGGAGGCGGAGAAGAUUCCGGCCGUGGUGGAGUUGGACCGGUAUGUGACAGAUGUUGGGGAGAAAGUGGCGAAGCUGUUGUCGGAAGGGCUGGGAUUGGUGACCAGAAAAGUGAAAGAGGAGGGGCUUCUAGGUUUGAGGUGGGCCAUUGUGAGCCCUACAAACCCAAACAUCACAAUGGACUAG